AUGGAGUCAGGAAAGAGAAAAACAUUCCAAAUCAAAGCCAAGGUACCGUGUAUGAAGGGGUUCAUUGCAUUCAGAGAUGGGUUGACUAAUAUCCGUCGAGACGCAUUCACACUCAAAUAUGGGAAGAUUCUACACUUGUUGUCUGUACCAGUACAGAAGGAUGCUAUUACCGCACUAGCCCAGUUUUAUCAUCCACCAUUCAGAAGUCUCCUCUUUAGAGAUUUCCAGUUGGCCCCGACUUUGGAAGAAUUCGGAAGAAUAUUGGACUCUCCUAAGCAGAAGAAGGGACCAUACAAGGGGUUAGGUCAAAUCCCUAAACCCGAAGAGUUGGCAGAAGUAUUAGGCAUCCCAGUCGAAGAUCUAACCCCUAACAUCAAAAUUUGGGGGAAGGUACAAGGAAUUCCACAAGAGUACUUGGAGAAAAUUGCUCAAAGCUUUGCUAAAGCCCAGAAGUGGGAAGCCCAUGAUACUAUUAUGGCUUUACUUAUUUUUGGAUUGGUGUUAUUUCCUAAUAUGGAGAAGUUAAUUGAUGCAGCAGCUAUUAGCGUGUUUUGGGCCGUCAAGGUUAAGAAUGAAGGUUCAGUGCCCGCACUCCUAGCAGAUGUUUAUCACACCUUGCACUUACGCGUUGAGAAGAAGGGAGGAUUGAUGUUAUGUUGCAUACCACUCCUUUACCAAUGGUUUGUCUCUCAUGUGUUCAAAGAGGUUGAUACAAUUGAAAAGAUGGAUGGAUACGACUGGUCUCAAAAGCUAGUAGGACUCACUGAAAAUACCAUUAUUUGGUAUCCUCGUGGGUCAAAAGGGUGCAUUAACUACAACCCUAUUUUAGCAGUGAGGCAGUUGGGUUAUCCUAUCACAUACAAGCCAGAUGACCAGUUAUUAGAAGGUUUUGUGUUCCAUGAUAUGGAUGAUCUCGUUACGUUGAGAAGGGUUAUCCGAGUCUGGGAAAAAGUUUUCUUCAGAGGACAAGACAAAGGAAAGGGUGUCAUAGGGUAUAGAGAACCCUAUUAUCGACGGGUCACCAGAAGAAGUCAAGAGAUCAAGCUGACAUUCAUCCUCGAUCCUCCAACUCAACCUCCACCACCAGAACCCAUCUCUGUCUCCAUGGAAGAAGUGGAAGCGUUGAGAGCUACUAUAGCAAGACUUGGAUGA